CCCAGCCACAACCUGGAGGUCACUGGCAUCGAGCUUGCAAUCAGACCCAGAGACAGUGAACAAGAGGAAAAGGACCACGUCUUGUAGCUGCUUUCAGCCCCAGCCCCCGAUGAUGCGGCUCCUCUGGAAAUUCCGCUCCUCCGCCGCCGGCAGCGCCACCCCGGAACUCGCCUUCUCCAACGUGCUCACGCCUGGCCGCAUCCCUGAGUUCUGCAUCCCGCCGCGGCUGCCGGUGGCCUGCGCGCUCGAGUCCUCGCCCCCGGCCGCCGCUCUACCCCGGCGGUGCGCGGCGGAACCGGACCUGUGGGCCCGCGCAGCCCACGAAAGCGCCGGCUGCACCGACUGGGACCCGCGCUCGCAGGCGGCGCUGUCGCUGCUGCACUUGCCCCGAGCGCGCACCGCCUAUGGCUUCUGCGCGCUGCUCGAGAGCCCGCACACCCGCCGCAAGGAGUCGCUCUUCCUCGGGGACCCGGGCGCCACCACGCUCCUCCGGGCCCCAGCCGCCCGGCCCGCGCCUCGCCGUCGGGCUCAUACCUACGAUGGCGUUGGUGUCCGGGACGCCCCCUCAGUGCCCCUGAGACCUGAUCUUGCCGUCACCUCCGCAGUCCUAGGCGGCCCCAGUCUCGGGCGGGACUCACUCUCCCCGCGGUCCCGCGGCCGCCGCCUCCUGCGCGCCCCCGACGGGCUGCUGAGCCGCGCGCUACGGGCCCGGAAGAGUCGCGGUCUGGUCCGCGCCCGCUCGGUCUCCAGCGGGGACGAGGACGGGGCGCGCGGCGUCCGCUCGGAGUCCCUCGCCGGAUCUCGCUCCGAGCACCCGCCGUCGCCGCCCAGCCCGCGCCCCGAGUGCCUGGAGGCCGAGGGCACCGUGGCUCUGGGCCACGCCGGGGCCGCCCUGCGCCUGGCCGCCGAGUACUGUCCGGCCGGCGGGCGCCUCCGCAUCCGGCUACUCCGCGCGGAGGGCCCGGCCGGGGGCGCCCCCGAGCCCCGGGCCGUCGGCUGCCGCGUCAGCCUGGUCCUGCAGCCGCCCCGCAGCGCGCGCAGGCAGCGCGGCUCGGUGCUCCGGCGGAGCCGCAAGGCCGCCCUGGACCAGGACUUCUGCUUCGACGGGCUCACGGAGGAGCAGGUGCGCCGCCUGGCCGUGCGCGUCAAGGCCGAGGGCAAGGGCCGGGGCCUGGAGCGCGGCCGCCUGCUGGGCCAGGGCGAGCUGCCGCUGGGCUCCCUCCUGCUGCUCUGAGGGCUUCGGCCUCCCGCCUGCUGGGGACUCUGGGCGCUGGCUGUCGCUUUGUACAAAAUAAAUGUUAAUUUAUUUUUUUAAA